AUGCCUCGGAAAUGGGCUAGGAAAUGCGAGCGGUAUUGCUGCUUGGGAGCUACUUACUUUCCCCUACUUUUCGUCUACAGCAUCACGACUUGGGCCGUUUGGGUAGAAUCGACGAUUGGGUUCUUGCCCGCGAGUGCGCAAAGUUCCUGGAUAGGGAAUGGGACCUCAUUCCUUGGUAUCGCCAUAUAUCUCCUCCUCGUCUGGUCUUACACAACCGCUGUAUUCACGAGCCCCGGGACGACCACACCUAAAAACAAUGGCUACAGCUCUCUUCCCAUGCACGCAACCCCUGUGGCAACGAAUUUCACUGUGAAAGCGAAUGGCGAACUACGAUACUGCAAGAAGUGCCAGGCGAGGAAGCCGGACCGCGCGCAUCAUUGCUCGACAUGCCGGGCAUGUGUGUUGAAGAUGGACCAUCAUUGUCCUUGGCUCGCAACCUGUGUUGGAUUGAGAAACUACAAGGCCUUUCUCCUGUUCCUCAUAUACACGACAUUAUUCUGCUUUCUCUGCUUUUGCGUUUCGGCAACUUGGGUCUGGCAGGAGCUGUUAAAUGAAGGAGAAUCUUCAGAGAGCCUGAUGCCGAUCAACUACGUUAUGCUAGCAGUUAUCUCAGGAAUAAUCGGUUUGGUCUUAGCGGGGUUCACGGGCUGGCACAUCCUGCUUGCUUCGCGGGGACAAACAACGAUCGAGUGUUUAGAAAAGACAAGAUACCUAUCGCCAUUGCGGAAAACCCUACAGUAUGAACACAUACCGCAAAAUCAAGGAUAUGAGGCUCCCAGCUAUGGACAGCGGCUACGAAAUGACGAAGAUGCGACUAGGGAACCACGACAGCAGGAGGUAGACCAUAUGGAGAAUGGCGAGCAGAGACAAGUAUCUUAUGAUGCGGCGGAGCGAAGCCGAGCACGGGCAAGAUAUGAGGAAUACCUCGAUCAACAAGACUCGGAGAAAUUGCCGAGUGCUUUUGAUCUUGGCUGGAAGAGAAACCUCCUGCAUUUGUUUGGUCCGAGAAAAGCUUUGUGGGCUUUCCCCAUCUGCAAUACUACUGGGGAUGGAUGGAGUUGGGAGCCGAGCGAGAAAUGGUUGGAAGCAAGGAAACGAAUAGCAAGCGAAAGGGAAGCACAGAAACUACGAGAACAGAAUGCUGGGUGGGGAGAGCCAUCACUGGCGUUCCCCCCUCAGCAAGAGGGUGCCGGAAGACACUAUGUAACAUUUCCCCGGUCUCCAUCAAAAGCUGACCGUGUCUUGGGGCGGAGUCCAAAUGACUACCUUGACGAAUCAUACCCAAGAGAGUCAAACUCAGUCUCAAUGCGAAACCUGCAACCUCGAGCUGGGGACUUGGACGAUGAUCAGUAUGAUAUCAGCAGUGAUGAGGACGAAGCAGAGCAACGGGCUUUGGAUCGUAAAGCAACCGACGGAUGGCCGCGGAGAGUUGGCGUGGUCACGAAUACGCUAUUGGGAAACAGGCUAGCAAGACAGAAAGAUAAUGAAAGGGGGCGGGAUGGUUGGGAUGGUCAGGAUGAAGGGGUAGAUUGA